AUGUGUAUAACAGUAAAUACAGUCUAUGCUAAAUAUCGUACGUAUUUUAUAUAUCUAGUUUUAACUACAAUUGUUCCACUUAUUAUAAUCAUUGGAUUUGAUCUUUUAACUUAUCGAUAUCUUCAUGUAUACUCAAUACAACAACGACGUCGUUUACUUUCAGUAAUUACAAGACAAAUGACAACAAUGACUUUAUUUCAUAUUGCUCCUGUAAUUAUAUUUCAAGCUCCAUUUGCUAUUUCACAGUGUUAUUUUCUUACAGUCGGUAUUAGUAAAGACCCUGUUCGUGGAGCACAAGAACAAAUAGUUCAACAAUUUUUUAAUGUUCUAGGCUAUGGAAUAUAUGCGACUUCUUUCUACUGCUACUAUGUAGCAUCAAAACGUUUUCGUAAGCAAGUAUUCAACGUGUUUUCGUUAAAUCAUCAACGAAGAAAUCGAGUACGGCCAUCAUGA